AUGGCGCCGCAGCGGCUGGCGCCGCUGGAGCAGACGCCGUCGCAGAAGAAAAAGAAGGAGCACAAGCACAAGCACAAGCACCACAAGAAGGGCGAGGAGAACUUCCACGACAAGGGCCACGAGAAGCUCAAGGCGCGGCCCAAGCACGUCACGGGCCCGGGCUACAACCGCAACGUGAAGCUCCAGCCCCUGGACGCCGGCGACGCGCCGCCGGCGCCCGACGCGCCGAAGCGCGUCGACGACCUCGACGCGACGCUGGGCGAGGCGCAGGAGUGGUUCGAGGAAUUCCACGAGGAGCAGAAGGACGUCCAGGCCUUGGCGGAGCGGGGCAUCAUCAAGCCCAACGGCAUGGACCAGCUCGCGGAGCACAUGGUCAUCGUCAGCGAUUUGUACGCCGUCCACGCCAAGGACGAGCGCGCGCGGGAGAUCAAGGCGAAGCAGCGGAAGAAGCAGUCGUUCGUGCAAAAGGUCGCGGGCAAGAAGCCCCAGCUCAAGUACGAGGAGAUGCCGGCCAACUCGGCGCCGCCCUUGGCGACGUCCGUGCGCGCGACGGCGGCCCUCAAGAACUACCAGAACCGCGGCGUCGGCGGCGGCGGCGAGCACGGCGCGCUCGGCGUGGGUAAGAAGAAGAAGGGCGGCGGCCUCGGCGCGGUGCGCGCGUCCGUCGCGUUGCGCAAGCAGGUGACCUGGCGGAAGCUGCGGAAGGUGCGGCCCAUCCGCGACCGGAAGCACGUCGACGCGACGCGCCCGGAGUGCGAGAACAUCCGCUUCGAGGCCGUCCUGGCGAAGCGGGGCUGCUGCGGGUCGGGCUACCGGCCCUACAACGACGUCGGCGUCAACGACCCCCUGGCCUGCGCCUGCGUCCACAUCUUGGGCGUGAGCGAGGACCAGCUCCGGCUGCUGUACAAGGAAUUCGGCAAGGAGGACGCGGACGACUCGGGGACGAUCAGCGAGGACGAGUUCAUGGCGCUGCUCGGGGCGACGGACACGGGCUUCACGCGGGCGCUCGUGCACGCCGUCGUCUGGGGCUGGGCGGGCUGCGGCGACUCCGACUCGAAGCAGCUCACGUUCUCCGACUACGUCCUCGCGUGCUGCACCGUGUGCACGCUGAGCCGGAAGCAGCUCAUGUUCCUCGUCUUCGAGCUCUUCGACGGCGACCGCAGCGGCGGCAUCGAGGUCGCCGAGUUCCGGAAGCUGGACCACGUCGUGAGGGAUCUGGGCGGGGCGCUGUUCCCGGACGACUACGCGACGUUUCUGGAGACGUUCGACAAGAACGGCGACGGCACGGUGGGCUUCCGCGAGUUCCUGAAGCUCGACGAGGCCUUCCCCAUGCUCUUCUUCCCCGCGACGCACCUCUUGGAGAUCUUCCGCGAGCGGACGCUCGGCGCCGCGGCGUGGGAUGAGUUGGUCAAGGCCUACGAGGCGUCGAGGGCAUCCCCAUCUCCUUCCACGACCAGGUCGAGCAGCUCUCGCGGUCCAAGGUCGGCGCGCCCAAGGCCGCGACGGCCUGCGUGCGCUCGACGGGCCUCCGACUGCGACUUCGACGAGGAGAACAAGCGCUACGUCGGCAAGCGCUACGGCCGCUACGGCGACAUCACGGGCGAGAGCCUCAUGGACUCGGAGCUCAGCCCGCGGUCGAAGAAGAUGAUGGGCGAGGGCGCGAAAUACGCGGACCCGCGAUAGUAGUAAGAGGAAGGUUU